GUGGAAUCAGUUUGCACACAAUCGUCAGAAAUAAUAUUCAAAGCUCUGCACCUAGUCACAUUAUGUGUCUUGACAUACGGAUUUUCCUCGGAGAUGAGGCCGUGAGACUCAGGCCUGAGGUACUUGUACAAGGUUCUCUGAGUCAAGAUAAAAAUCCCAUUCUUCCUUUCCCAAAUAUGAAGUUUAACGACGGAUUUUGGCUACUGAAGAGCGGUGUCAAACCAUACUUUGGACUUCAGGUUGUCGACGUUCAGCCGACUUCAGAUGGUCUGGGAUAUGACCUCCAUGUUGCGACUAAGCCCAUCAAGCACAGAGGAGACACGCUAGCAGGUCCGGUCUUCACCGUCAAUGUUCAUUCACCGACAGAAGGCGUAGUUGGCGUGAAGAUCGAUCACUUCAGUACUAUCAAUUCUACCACCAAUAUUCCUCUAUUCCCCGAUAUCUCCCCCAUCCCCAAAGCCACACUUGAUAAAGCAGACCAGUCCUUCUCUCUUUCGAGUGGUGGGCUUACCGCGGUAGUCACCAAAAAUCCAUACACUGUCACCUUCAAAUCUCAGUGUCGCACAUUGACCUCGUCGGGUUACAAGUAUUUGGCGAUUUAUGACAUCCCUUCGAAGUGGACCCUCAACACGGCUGCGAAUAGCUCGUGCCUGAUGACUGAUUAUAGCUCCAAUCCAAAUCCCGAGCCCAAACCUGACAUCGUGAGAUAUCUCCACACGGAACUGAACAUUUCGCCUGGAGAACUGGUGUAUGGAUUUGGUGAACAAUUUGGCGCUUUCGUCAAGAAUGGCCAAUCCAUCAAGAUUUGGAAUCAAGAUGGUGGAACCUCUAGUGAUCAGGCCUACAAGUCUGUUCCGUUCUACGUAACCAACAGAAACUAUGGCAUAUUCAUCAACAACCCCGGUGAAGUUGAAGUUGAAGUAGGGAGUGAGAAAGUUUCGCGGGUCGGAAUCUCUGUCGCAAGCAGCGAUUUGGAGUUCUUCGUCAUAUACGGGGAGACUCCAUUGGAAAUUUUGGAACGAUACACUAGGAUGACUGGACGUCCUGCAAUCCUCCCCAGCUGGACUUUCGGCCUCUGGCUUUCCACAUCAUUUUUGACAUCAUACUCCAGCAAAACAGUCUCUGGUUUCCUUCAAGGGAUGCGGGAACGUCAAUGCCCCGUCAGAGUGUUCCAUUUAGACUGUUUCUGGAUGAAGCAAUAUGAGUGGUGCUCAUUCACCUUUGACCCCGAUAAUUUUCCCGACCCUAAGGCGUACCUUUCUGAGAUCAAACAUAAAUACGGGGUGAAGAUAUGUCUCUGGAUCAAUCCAUACAUCUCUCAACUCUCCCCAAUCUUUCAGGAGGGCGUUCAAGGCGGGUUUUUCAUCAAACGAAAAGAUGGGACACCUUGGCAAUGGGACCUUUGGCAGCCUGGGCUUGCCGUUGUAGACUUCACAAAUCCGGCGGCAGGGGACUGGUACAAAGGAAAGCUUGAGGCAUUACUUGAUCUUGGUGUCGACUGUUUCAAAACCGACUUUGGCGAACGCAUUCCUUAUGCCUCCAUUAUCUACCAUGAUGGAUCUGAUCCCAUGAGAACGCACAACAUGUAUUCCAUUAUCUAUAACGAACUUGUUUUCAAUAUUCUGAAAGAGCGAUUUGGAGAGGGAGAAGCGGUGCUAUUUGCUAGAGCAUCGUUUGCAGGAGGGCAGCGUUUCCCUGUGCAUUGGGGUGGCGACUGUGAGUCAUCUUACGAGGCCAUGGCGGAAACCAUCCGGGGAUGUCUAUCUCUGACACUGUCCGGCUUUGCUUUUGCUUCUCAUGAUAUUGGAGGUUUCGAGGGACAUCCCCCGGCUGAGUUAUAUCAACGAUGGGUUGCGUUUGGGUUGUUCUCUUCCCAUUCCCGACUGCAUGGGUCCUCAUCAUAUCGUGUGCCAUGGAGCUACGGUGAAGCUGCUGCUAAAAGUAUGUCGCGGUUCUUGGAUGCGAAGCACCAGUUAAUGCCUUACCUAUAUGACUUGGCUAUUCAAGCUCAUGUCAAAGGCCACCCGAUGCAACGGGCCAUGUUCAUGGAAUUUCCGGACGAUCCUACGACGCAAUGGCUGGACCGCCAGUACAUGCUCGGUCCUUCCCUCUUGGUUGCUCCUGUGUUUGUCCCGGUUGAGGAGGAAUCAGUCUAUUACGUUCCUGCGGGCCGUUGGACAUAUUAUUGGGACCAGUUUAGGACCAUCCAGGGGCCACUUUGGGUACGGGAACUUGUUCCCCUCGACGAGAUACCGCUGUGGAUUCGUCCCGGUACUAUUCUUGCCACCGGCCCUAAGGGGAUUGGUCGGCCCGAUUAUAACUACACGCAAUGUAUUAGUGUCAACGUGUAUGAGCUGCUUGAAGGGCAGACUUUGCAAGCCAGUUUGCCCGCUCAGCACGGCACCCAAGCAGCAGCCAUUAUUACUGCCGAGAGGACGAGUACAGGCCUUCGCUUUGAGGUACAAGAGGGAGAAUGCGACAUUGCGCUCCUGGGAAUACACGAAGAAGGAGCGACUGUCAAGAGUGUGGUAGGGGGAGCAAAAAUAGAGGAGCGUAGCAAUUUCGUAGGGCUGAAGUUGGACGGACAACCGAAAGAAGUCAUAUGCAUCAUGUAACCUUGAAAUAUGAAAUGUUGGCAUAUGAACAAGUGCAGCCAGAGAUCAUAUAUUCAUAUACGACGUAUAGCAUGUAUGUGAAUAGCGCAGAACAAGAG